GGAGGCAGUAGCGUCCAACGAUCUCUGGAUCUGGCAUGCCUUCUUUGGUAUGCCAGGGUCUAUGAAUGACAUUAAUGUGCUGGAACGUUCGCCGUUAUUUGUUGACCUCUACUGCGGCAGAUCUCCUGUGGUAGAGUUUGAAAUAAAUGGAAGAUCGUACCACUCGGGGUAUUACUUGGCAGAUGGGAUUUACCCUCCCCUAGCAACUAUCGUUCAAACGAUUCCUUCACCAUAUGGACAAAAACGCAAGCACUUCGCAAAACAGCAGGAAGCAGCCAGAAAGGACGUGGAACGUGCCUUUGGUGUUUUGAUGGCACGAUUCGCCAUUCUUAAGAAUCCUGGAAGACUGUGGUACCAGCAAGAUCUCGCAGCAAUCAUGCGCACAUGUAUCAUUUUGCACAAUAUGAUCGUUGAACAUCAGCGAGAAGCUGUGACCGAAGGGGAGCACGAUUUCUGGAACAACGGCGAAACAAUUAGAAUGGAUUCAGGUGGUUUCAAUUUUACCGAUUUCCUCGGACGGUACGAACAAGUUCAUAAUGCUGCAAUACAUCUCAGUUACAGGAGGAUUUAAUUGAACAUCUGUGGAAAGUUAAAGAAGAAGAAGAGGAGUAACAUACAUCUACACACGUUCAAGAAGCACAUGAAUACAAUCAAACACACACACACUUACGAGAUUGAUUCAAAAGAUUAACAAAAUUAAAACGUUUAUUAUUCUCUGUUUUAUCAUUUUUUGAUAAAAGAUGGUUAAAAUAUAGAAAAUAUGUUACUUAACAGUAACACUUUUUUUCUUCAUUCGUCAAUACCGAUUUCCAAAUAUUCUUCCAAGAAAUCAACAACCUCGGUAUCUUCCUCUUUCUCUUCUGGAUACUCCAAAUCUUCGUUGCCAGCGUCGGAUGAAUUUUGUUUUGAUGCGCUUUGAUUCAAAAUUCUUUGUUGUUCCAUUUCAUAAUAUAUCUUGGCGGUAUCGCUGAUAGUGGAGAAGUUGACGGACAUCACGGCGUGAUCCACCAUCCUGUUAAUGGCCAAUGUCCUGUCUUUUGUUAGCGCCACCUUCUCCUUAGCUGCUUCUGCGAGUGAGCUACCCACCCGCCUUUGCCAUUUGCA